GCCGGCUAACUAAAGCUGGGGGACAAACAACUUCCUCGAUCUUCCCAAUUCCCACCUACCGUUCUUCAGAGAUCCCAACCCCUGCUUCAUUAAUUGACCGCACCACUCAUGAUGACGAAUCUACAACUCCGCUCGCAGGUAAUCAAUAUCUACAAGGAACUCCUCUUUCUUGGCCGCGAGUACCCACUGGGCUAUGAGUACUAUCGGAAUAGGUUACACAAAGCUUUCUCUAGCCAGGCACAUCUGGAAAAUGAGGAACAGAUCCGGAAAGGUAUUGCGAGAGCGGAGUUUGUUAAGAAGGAAAUUGAAGCCUUGUACUAUCUAAAGCGAUACCGCACCUUGAAACAGCGCUAUGAUAAUAAAUGAUGCCGGCCGUCCAACUUGUCGUGGGCCUAAUCAACACGUUCUCAAGAAGAUUACACAGAAAAAGUAAAUGCGAAAUUGAAAGGAGAAAAGUGGGGGUAUCACC